AUAAGGUGGAAAAAGAAAUAACAACAAUAAAUAAAUGUGAGAUAACCUAGUGUUUGCCUUGCUGACACAAGCACACCCAAAUAUGUUAUGUGGAAGUAAGUUGUUUCUCAUGAGUCACAAAGGCUUUUCUAAAAUGUGGGUUUUCUGUGUGUGAGUGUAUAUGUGUCUGUCUGUAGGAAGUUAUGAUAAUGUACUGUGUUUUUAUGCUGUGUGCUAUCUCAUAAUCAUGCAAACUAGUUGACCUUUGCAAAUGCAAACAUUGACCUACGGACUUUUGUAAAGAUCUCUCUUUGUAGUCGAUUUGGAUAAAAACGUCUACUAAAUGAAUAAAUGUAAAUGUAGUUACAGUGGAAUGAAUUUUAGGUUGUUAACCAUUUAAAUAGCAGACACCCAUACAUGAGAAGCAAAACAUUUCCAACCCACCUCCAGCACCACAGAACACAACUCAAGAAUGGACUUAAUUUGCUUCGAAAACGUUGAAAACGACACACUGAAUGAGUUUGGCCAUGCGGUUUACGUGAUGGGCUGGGUAGUCUUUUCCUUGGGCAUCCCAGUCACCUUCCUGGCCAUUUGUCUACUCUACUGCCUGAUCUGUGCUAAUCACGUUGCGCCCAUCUUCAUCAUCAAUCUGCUGAUCUCAGACCUCCUACAGAUGUGUGUUAUACCGCUCAGCCUCAAGGGCUACUGCCAUUUUGUGGUGUCGCUUGGGUACUACAUUGGCCUGACAACAAGUGUGUGCUUCAUGGUGUGCAUCGCUCUGGAGAGGUACCUGGUGGUUGUCUUUCCCCUCUGGUACCGUUUCCGAUGCAAAGUUAAGUAUUGCGUCAUUGUGUCCUCCAUCAUCUGGCUGUUCCCCUUUGUCAAGAUCGGCAUGGAAUCCUACCUGCUGUCUGGUGAGGCCUCGCUGAUCCUAACCUCUGUCCUGAUCCUGAUCCCACUUCCGCUGCUGAUCUUCUUCUUGGUGGGAACGCUGAGAGCUCUGUCCGUCUCCAUUUCUGUUCCCCUGCUGGAGAAGAUACGCAUUAUUGGCGUAUUGGUGCUGGUUCUGGGGAUCUACUGUCUUCUCUUCCUCCCACGAGUCAUAUUUUUCCUGUUGGUUGCUAUGCACAGCCCUGUGGCGACACCGCUGGGGGGAUUCCUGGUGCUGCUCAACCCCUUGGUGGAUCCCCUUCUCUAUGUGUUUAUACGGAGGGGGGCCUGUCCCUGUUCCUGUCUGGAUAGGCUGCUGCCUGGAGAGCACAACCUUACCCAGACCACCACAAGCGUGACUAAUAAUCCCACUUUGACCACUGUGACUGGAACCUUGUGAGGAGGAAAUGAGAUAGAGCACAAAGGUUUGGUUGCAGGAAGUGUGGUACUAAAAUCAACUAAAUAAAGUGUUGGUAGUGACCAUGAUUCAACUGGAAAAAAGCCAUCAGAUGGUUCCAGACAUUUACAGACCAAACUAUAAAAAUAAAAAGUUGGAGAACAUUUAUUGAUAUAAGACAUAAGAAAUUGAACAUUUACAAAAUAAAUUGUGUUUUAUUGGAAUUGUAUUCAUAAAUCAAUAAGAUUCCCAAAAACAGUUUUCAUCUUCAUAAUUUAAGCUCCUGGUAUCACCAGAUGAUUAGUAAUAGGCAGGCUCAAAAGCCAUUUGGGUCAAGUUCAAGUCUUUUAUGUGUCAGGUACACAGAACAACACAAGGUUAGACUGGGCACUGAAAUUCUUAA